AUGAUCUUGAGGACCCUGCUGUAUUUGUUAGCGGUUUUCUCACAAACUGCAGCGCUUCAUUCUAAGGUGAAGAGCGCCGACACUUUUGUGGCCCUUAAAAUGUUUGUCGACCAUAGAAUGACGUGUGUAUACCAACCACUGAAGAAGAACGUGUCGCUUAACAUAAUUGCGAAGGCACCUAAUGCUUUGGUGAAGCUUCGGCUAACAACGCCAUCUGGGCAGAAACCAUCCAACCUGAGGGACAAUUCUCCUUCAGCCCUCAUACGACACAAUGUUACCCAAGAAGGUCAGUUGUAA